AUGCUUAAACAUUUAACUGAAUGGAAUCCAUUUUGUGAGGAAGUACAGGACUUUUCUGAAAUUAUGAAUACCAAAUAUUCCAAAAAUGUAAUAGAAAAAAGAAAUGAUUUUGAAACAGUAGAAGAAUGGAUUAAUGGAAGCAGUGAAGAUUCAAUCAACAAAAGAAUUGAGAAAUUGACAGAAGUUUGUCUGGAAGUUCAGAAGAUAAAUAAACCAAUUGAUCUUCUCUUCGCGGAAUACAAACACAGUAUACAACUACAUGAAGUUAAUGAUAAGAACGAAAUGAUAGCUAAACGUCUCCAUUAUAUUCUAAAUUCAUCACAAAAGAUAGAUUACGAUGCAUUGUACACUAUAAUUUUGGCCAGGAAAAAAUCAGAUUUAAAAGCUAUUGUAAAUAAAUAUGACAAAUUUUAUCCAAAUACUGAAAAGAAAAGCAUAAUGCAAGAAUACCUAAAGUUUGGAAAUCACACUACUGAUUCGAGUUUGAUAAAACAAUUAAAAGACAGUAUGGAAAAAGAGAAAAAGUAUAAAAAAGUUUGGGAAAUCCUUAUUAAGUAUGUUAAUGAUACAGAGCAUGACGACUUCAAAGGAUACAUUGAAGCAAAAUACGAGAAUAAACGUCCAGAAUGUGUAAAAAGAAUGCUGAUUGAGACUCGUUUGGAUGGGGAGGAAUAUAAAAAAUAUAUUGUUAACCGUAUAAAAUUGUAUGUUGAAAAUGACAAAUAUGAAGAAUUACUGUCUCUUCUAAUAGUCGAAAAUGGAAGAGAUUUAUUGGGGAUUAUAAAAAAGAUGAUUGAACAGAAUGAAUUGGGUAUUAAAUUUGAAUCAUUUAAAGAAAUAUUUGUCGAAAAAUUUAAACAAAACGGAAUAGAGAUUGAAAUUAAUCAAAACAAUGGAAAUUUGGUAGGGCAAGAAGUGAGUUAUCCGUCAUCUGAUACUUCAAGUUAUCCGACAUCUGAUACUUCGAGUUAUCCGCCAUCUGAUACUUCGAGUUAUCCGACAUCUGAUACUUCGAGCCCAACUUCAGGAAUCGAGUUAUCAAAAUUAAAGAGAGAGAGUGAGAAUUAGGUGAGGGCUUAUGAGACAUUCCUGUAUUAUGUAAAUAUUUAUUAUGUAAUUUUUUCGAGCCAAACCUCAAUAAUCUAGUCAGA